GAUAAGGACCCAGGUGUCCUAAAGACUUGGACAACUACCUCAAUGAUGUGGGAUAAACUUUAGUUUGUCAGGGGUUUCAAUAUUACCAUAUUUAUUGAAAUAGAAGCUAUUGCAAGUUGAACAAGUACUCAGACCAUCUGCUGACUGUUCCUGAAUGAGCAUAAACCAAAAGUAGACCUAAAAUCAGUUGUAAUAAACAAGCUGUAAUAUUUUGGAAAGGACCACCUCACCCCUUGGCUUGUCCACCUGGUUCAGCCCAACCUGACGACAUUGGUCAAUGGUUAACCCUGAAGGAACCACAGCAGAAAAUGUCACUGAUACAGCUAUUGAACAAAGACCCGCAAUAGCCAAGGGCAUAUUAAAGGCUCCAAGCGUCGUCGGAUGAGCCAUCAAGAAGAUGCCGGAGCUCUAUAAGUUUCUCAUGGAGCGAUGGGCACUGUAUCACAACCUAGAAUAUGAUUCAGGAGAGGAGAAAAAUCCACAUCUAAUCUUUUACAAUGAGAAGGAUGAAGUUGUUCAGAUUGUCCCCGUGAAUAAGAUGAAGGUGGACGAGAUCGAAAGUCUCCUGAAUUCGCUUGGCUUCUACAAGAGAUCUCAGAAGGGAGAGGAGGUUCCAGAGGAGUAUCAACACUUUCCACUCCAUGCCCAUAGGGAUGAGCUUUGAGCAGAGGGACAUCUAGUGGGGGGACUCUGUCACUGCACCCAGUUACUCAUGAAGAGUGGGGCUUCAAGGCCACACCAUGAGCUAGGCCCCAGUCUGAGAACACAAAGACUGGAUGCAGUCACAUUGAACCUGCUACUGAAAUAAACAUGAAAUAAAAAACACAUUUGUUAAUUAAAAUUGCAAUGGAUUUAACCACAUGUUUCUUGUUGGCAUCUAGUGGCAUUGUACACUUUAAAUAUUGAGAGAUGAAUGAUAAUCCCAUUUAAUUAAUUAAAUGGUUAAAGCCCUGAUAAUCUGAGUGUGGUGAUUCUGCUAGGAUGUAUUUUUGCUUGAUUUUUACAAAAUACUGUGUGAUGCUGACUUGACCCUGAUAACAAUAAAAGGGACAUGGC